AUGAGCGCCAGCAAGGUGGCGCCAGGUCCAAGCGUCGGCCAUGUGCCACCGGGCGACGAGAAUCAUACCAGCAAGAACGUUCGCGCCAAGGCGCUCUGGCAGCGCGUUGUCUCGCUCACGCUGCCACGCCCCGACGUGGAAACCAUCGACAUUUACCACCGGCGCGCGCUGCCGCAGCUGCUCAUGGUCCACCCCAACUCGAGCUUUCGGCGCGCGUGGGACUUGAGCAUCGCCGCUGCCGUCAUCUACGUCUGUAUCAUGACGCCGGCGUCGCUCGGCUUUGACUUUGUCGCGUGGGGCCCGAACGUCGCAUCGUUCGAGUCGUUCUUGGACGCGUGCUUUGUCUGCGACAUGGUGCUCUCGUUCCGAACGGGGUAUUUCGCGAACGGCGAGCUGCACAUGGAAGCCCGCGUCGUGGCGCGGCGCUACCUCCGCACGUGGUUCAUUGUGGACUUCGUCUCGAACUUUCCACUCAGCUACGUGAUUCCGUCGAGCAACAAGCAGCAGACGUCGGUCAAGAUCCUCAAGCUCCAGAAAAUUCCCAAGCUGCUGCGCUUUGGCGUCCUCCUCAAGUACAUGCGGCAGUACGCCAAGUACUACCACCUCCUCGUCACCGCCAUCACCAUGUCGCUCGGCCUCCACAUCUUCACCUGCAUCUGGGUCAACGUCUUCAACAACUGCUACGGCGACGUGUCGGUCUGCAGUGACUGGGACACGGACCAGGCCUCGAGUAUCUACGCCGAGUCGUUCCACAGCGUCCUCCUCACCUUUCUUGGCAUCGCCGAAGCCUCUUCGUUCCAGACGUCGUCGUUGCUCGCGUCGCCGCUCGAGUCGUAUCGACCACACAUGUAUACGCUCAGCUCUUUCAUUGCGCUCUUUGGUGUCUUCAACUGCGCGCUCCUCUUCGGCCACACGCUGACGCUGCUCCUGAGCUGGGACCAGCAGAGUUCCACGUUCCGGAACCGCAUGGACGUCAUCUCGUCCGAAAUGAAGUACUACGACCUGCCCGCAGACCUCCAGCACCGCGUCAAGCGCAACUACGACUACCUCUGGAUCAACCAACGCGCGUACGCGGACAUGACGCUGCUCAACCAACCGGGCUUGUCCAAGCCGCUGCGCACAACGAUUGCGCUGCACUUGUACAAGGACUUGCUCAACACGGUGCCAAUCUUUGCGGGUUCGAACGCGCGCUUCCUCGGCAAAGUGUGCAUGGCGCUGGACACAGCUGUGUACCUCCCCGCCGACGUGAUUAUCCAUCAAGAUGACAUUGGCCGGGAAAUGUUUAUCGUCCGAAAGGGGACCGUCGAAGUGCUGCCGCCGCGGGCCAAGACGAGCGCGCUGCAUCCGAUCAUGCACAAGCUCCGCUCGACCAAGGACGGCCCCCGCAUUCUCCUUCGAGACGGUGAUUUCUUUGGCGAGACGGCGCUCGUCGCGGAAGUCCGUCGCACGAAUACGGUCGUCGCCGACUCGAUCUGCGAUCUCAACGUCCUUAGCAAGCACGCAUUCAACGAGAUUUUGGCCGAGUACCCCGAGUUUGGCGUCAAAAUGAAAAAGUCGGUCGUCGCGCGCCAGCUCGCCAACAUGAACUUUCAGUCGCCGACGGCCAAGCUUCAGGUCGAGACGGAGCUCAACCACCUCGUCGACAAGUCGCUCAUGCGCCGGCGCUUUGACUUGUCUUUCAAGGGCAUUUACCGCUCCAAACGCAUGGCCGACAAGCUCCAAGCGAUCCAGGACCGCAACAAACGCGCGGAGGCGAAACCUCGGAAAUCCAUCGUACAAGGACUCAGGGCGCGCAAGGCGUCGGUGACCCAGCUUCUCAGUCGGCGUGGCUUUGCGCCCAAGCCAUCGCCGUCCGACAAGAACGUGGCGGAGCAGCUCGACACGCCCCCCGAGGGUCCCCCCGGCCCCCCUUUGCCCCCCCUGACGGACCCGGGGUUCCCGCCGCCACCGGACCCGUCGUCAUCCGACGCUGUGGUCGAGUCGCGUCUCGAGCCGUUAACGUCCGAGCCAGUGCCGGCUAGCGAUAUGCCAUGA